GUAGGUGCCUAGAACCGUCUAGAAAUAACAAGACUUCUUCGUAGUUAAUAUAUAUCAUGUCCCCUAUUAUUGCGAGAACGUUGUGAGGCUGGCGUAACUGAUCUGCACGUUGGCUUGCUGCAUAGCUGAAGUGCUGAUUCUCGGGCAACAUCUUCAUUUUGCAAGCGCAUUAAGUGUGCCCUUGUACGCAGCUUGAUUCUUGAUCACUUACAGUCGACGCCAUGCAUAGCACCGGACUUCCUGACCAAACAUCAUCACAGAUGGACGCCCACGAACACUCUUCUAAUAUCAGCCUGCAUGAUACAGGGUGCAGUCAAAACCCGACCUGUAGUAACCUGUCUCCCCGUUGCCAGCGCCGUAUCCUACGUAUCCUAUCGCGAGACCGGCUUUUGCGAGAGUUGCAAAAUGCAUCAGUGGCUGACUUGUCUGAGAGCCUGGCUCAACCGCUGCAACAAUGGUUCCCCAAUUUCUCCACAAGCAGUGGUCGGUUCAUACCGCGGAAAACUCUGCUGCAGAUCCUCGAUAGUCGAAGGGUCGCAGAGCAUCUAGAGACACUAUUGGAUGGCCCACCGAGUCCGAAUGAGAUAGCAGACUACAUCAGCCCAGAUGAGGGGAGAACAUGCCACUGUGGAAACGGGCUUUGUACAGGAAGUAGAAUCAUACUUGCCUCACUGAUGCACAUUGAGAAAGAGGGCGGUAUCAUCCAUUGCUACAAUCAACCUAAGCCGGGAUUAUGUGACAGUAGCUUGCCGAUUUCGGAUGAAAGUCUACUCCCGCAGUUAUUCAAUGAGCUCACCGAGAAAGAGAAGCAACUCUUCAGACAUGCACAAUCACAACUAAGAUGUCAUUAUCUAAGAAAGAUCGAUCCAUAUCGUCAGCGCUACACAGAGCUUGACAGGGAAGCUGCUCUUCCGUUUUCACACAUCGAUGAAAGAAUAAGUCCGGUUGACGGAGAGCUAUCGGUCGUCAGGCAUGUUAGGAUUGAUCCCAGCCACCAUAAUCUGGGAGAAGAGUACGACUUUGCCUUGAAGACUUUCAAGGAUUCCGCCUUGUCCAGCGUAGACUUCCAAGAAGAGCUCCAGGCAAACCAACAAGUUCCACGGCAUGACCGAAUAGUCCCCAUCCAUGCCGCCUUGAAGUACCGACAGAAGUUCCAUUUUGUCCUUCCAUUUGCAAGCGGUGGCAACCUGGAGGAGCUAUGGGAGACUUAUUCUACUAAUAAUUCCCCGGGAAGCAAGCCUGCUACGUGGUACUCUUCGCAAUGGCUGCUGACUGAAUGUCUGGGGAUUGCAGAGAGCCUCGCCGCGACACACAAGCCCAGUACCGUUCUUGAGCAUGGGGCACAGCAUAUCCUACCUCCUCAGCUACACGCAGAUGUCAAGCCUCGGAAUAUACUCUGCUAUGGUACACCAACAGGCUCAUUCUACCUAAAGCUCGCGGAUUUCGGGGUCACACGCAAAGUGGAUGAGAAUUCCUUAGUCAAGGUGCGGGAGGUGCCACAUACCAAGACCUACAGACCUCCCGAAUAUGAUGUUGAAGAUAAUAUCAGUCUUAAUUACGACGUCUGGUGCCUGGCCUGUAUUUAUCUCGAAUUCGUCACAUGGGCAGUCCUCGGCGGGUCAGAGAAAGAAGAAUUCGGAAAAAGUCGUGUAGAGGAACGCCAUGACCCACUCCCGACGACAGAUCAACGAGGAGAGACCCUAGAGGAUACAUUUUUCAAGACAUGUAUCAAAAGAUCUCCCUGGUAUGAUGUUUCAGGAUUCAAAAUUCGGAUCGAAAAUCAAAUCAAGGAGACCACUACAAAAAGGAAGAUGACGGAUGAAUGCACGCUUCGUAUCAUUCGAGGCAAUAUUAGCAUUAGCUGUAAAGUCAAAGACUCGGUCACAACGCAUAUCAAUAAGAUACGACGUCAUGCUAUGUGUGACACAGCGAUUCGGAAGUUCCUCGAUUUCAUCGAGGCGAAGAUGCUCGUCGUCGACCCAGGUACGCGCGCGGAUAGUAGUGACGUUGAGAAGUUCCUCCGUAACUUGACAAACGGAGAGUAAAACUAAGGUUAAUUGUGAAAGAUAUUCCCAUUUCCUACCCAAUCUUGUACGGGCUUGCUGGUUUCGGUGCUAGUAUUACGGCUAUACCAACGUCUUCGCAGACACCAAUGUUAGAAAGUAGAAUAGAGUUUAGUCCUAAAAUCGAUUUCCACUUCCCUUGCCUCAAUUAUGACCCUAAAUAAUGGCUUAGGCUUGAUGCUCGAGAUCUAACAUCAAUUCUACACAAAUGACUCUACUUUGCAUCUUGUCCAUCUUUCUUCUCCUUCACUGACUCUCCAUCGGCAUCUUUCUUGUCUUCCUUUGAAUCUCCAGUCUUGCCAUUCUUCUUCUGUUUCUCCGGUGCACGACGUUUCUCAGCCUUGGCGGCCUCAAACCUUUGAUAGAUUUGUGCCUUUUCUUUCUAAGGA